AUGACGGAGAGGGCAGCGCUCGCGCGGCAGGCGGCGCUCAGGGUUCUUCAAGCUUCUCCGGCUCUUCUUCAGGCGGCGGCUCUUCUAGCAGCGACCGUGGUCAGCCCCCACGCCGCUGUAUCUGCUUGGGAGGUGGCAGCAUCCUCACCCGCUGCCACCCCCACUCACCCACUCCCUCGCUCCCCUCGGUCCCCCAGAUCCAUCCUCUCCUCUCCCGCAACCCCAAAACCGGCCACGCUGCCGAUCGCCACUCCCCCAAACCGAGCCCCAGCCCCGCCGGCGACUUCCUCCCCCACUCCUCGACUGCCCGGCAACAUCCUCUACUUCAUACCCCCCGGCCGACUAACCAACCUUCUCCUCCUCCUCGUCUCCCCACGAUUUGAUUUGGAUCCCCCUCCGGUGAACCAGCCGCCGGCAACCGCCUCCACUCCGCUGCUGGCGCCCCCUCCCCUCCCUUCACUGGCUGGAGAUCCACUCGAGCUCCCCUCCUCCAAUCCCGCCGUCGUCGCCGUCGCCGACCCCCAACCCCACCCCCACCGGCGACCGUCUCCACCAACCCCAUCACCACCGGCGGCCUUCCUCCCUCCCCAGAUGGAUGGAUGGAUGGACGGGGACGACGGCAGCGGCGCCGGGUCCGCAUCCACCAUCUCUCGGUGGGGGCCGGAAAGUCCUGAUGCGGUGGCCUUGUCUCCGACCAAGGCCGGUUCUUCCUCGACCUUCCACGACAUGCAUCUCCUCUCCGGCCAUGGUGGGUGGAACCAGAAGAAGCAAUCCCCCCUGACGGACGUGGCUGCUGCACAUCUCAAGUGGUGAGCGCCUCCCCAUCUCAAGUGGUGUUCUACCCGCCCCCCUGCACAUCUAAUUAUAUUUGAUUUGAUUGAUGUGCACAUAAACACACGCGAUUCUUCCGGAAAUAACUUGGUGAUGUUGAUUGCUUUGGUUUGGUUCAGUUUGACACAAUCCGAAUGUAUUUGAUUGCUAUCGUGUUGUUCGUUGCUUGCUUGAGCAGAGAAAAAUCAUCCUAUUGAGAGCUCGUUGAUUGCUAUCCUACUGAUCCGCCGCCUCUUCGGCGGCAAAAUCGUAAGUCCUCGACCAUCUUCCCUUCUUCGGGGUGCCUGCUAGCUGCCUAGAUCGUGUCUGAAUUCCAGCGUGCGUGCAGGUGGAGAUGGUGGUUCUGGAGGGGCACAGUGUCGCGGAGGCGCUGGCCAGGUACGCAGCGGAGUCCGGUGUCCACAACCUGGUGCUCGGAUCCGCAACCUUGAGCUGCUUCCGGAGGUGAAUGGAACUCCGUUGAGGACUUCUACCCAUGUUGAAGAGCAGCUAGCUUUUGUACUGGCAGAGCGGUCUAUUUGUAGAUCCCAAUAUUUAUGAUUGUGUGGAUCUGGGUGAAGUUUGAAGUUCCUGGGUAUGCAAGAUUCGAUGGUUAAACUGGCUGAUGUGAUGUGAAUGAGUGUAUGGAAACUGGUUGUUGUGAUGUGAAUGAGUGUAUGUAGUUUCACGUGUUCUGUUUUGUAUAGCAUAUUGUAAUAAACUUCUUUUAGCUGUUAUUUGAAGAUUUUCA